UUCAAAAAAUUUCACAAAUGCUUGGAUUUCAAAUUCUUUGUAAAUUCUCCAUCUAAACAAAGUUAUUUCAUCUUAAAAAAUUUGAAAUUCUUCAAACAAAUGAAUUAUUCCAUUUAAAAUUCCCAUCCAAACACAUUACUAUUAAUAAUACAAGUUGAACUAUGCAUGUUGGACUUUAACCUUGUUUGGUUUGAUGGAAAAGAAGCACACAUUUCAGGUUUUUGUUACCAGGCCAAUCAGUAUAAGCUUCAUUACAAAUUGGAGCGAGUUUAUGUGUUUCUUAUGUUUCAUAAGUCAUUGUUUUCUGGUAUACAGGUCAAAUUCAUGCACCACUUGAUUUUAUAAAGAAAAUGAAUCAUAAAAGAUUCAUCUGUCAAUAAUUACUCAAUUUCAUAUUAAAUUUCUGUUAAUCGAUACCAGCUUGUAUUUAAAGUAGGGAGUAGUUUCUAAACAAUGUCUAUUGAACAGCUGCAGUGUCUUGAACAUACUGCACAACUUUCAAUCAAUAUGGUAUUAAAAUGUCAAAGAAAUAUUAAUCUGAAUAUGUUUAGAUUCAUUAUUCAUGUUAUGAGGAUUUUUAUAUCUAAUUAUUAACUGAGCUGAUAUGUUCAAAUGGACUAUCAGCUUUCCCAAGUGAAAAGCUAGCCACUAAUCAAGGUAAAAGAAAUAUCCAUUGAUCAGAAAACACAAAACACCAAAAAAAAAAAAUUCAUUAGCAAUUUGGAAAACAUGUCCUCAUGUUCUUUCGUAAGUGAGCAAGAGUAUGAAUAUGAACUUUGAAGUUAAAAAGUGUUUGAUCCCAUAUUAGAAUGAUUUAGAAAUUCCAACUGAUAAUAUUAAGGAUAGGUUUAGUGUUAUCAUCAAUGCAGGUGCAGCUAGCACUUGGAAUUCAGAAUGGCUGAACAGCAAAUCAUCAGUGUUGUUGCUUCUUCCUCUAGCUCUUCUUUUAUGGUGUGUCCUAAAAAAUAUGACGUUUUUCUAAGCUUUCGAGGUGAGGACACCCGCAUGAACUUCACAAGCCAUCUUCAUGAAGCUUUGAAGCAAAAGAAAGUUGAAACCUUUAUAGAUUAUGAGCUUAAAAAGGGAGAUGAAAUCUCACCAGCACUCAUCAAUGCCAUCGAAGAUUCUCAUGUAUCUAUUGUUAUUCUCUCUGAGAACUAUGCUUCCUCAAAAUGGUGCUUGGAAGAACUCAGCAAGAUUCUAGAAUGCAGGAAAAAGCAAGGACAAAUGGUGAUACCUGUAUUUUACAAUAUAGAUCCAGCCCAUGUGAGGAAGCAAACUGGAAGCUAUGAGCAAGCCUUUGCAAAACAUAAGGGACAAUCCAAUUACAACAAAUGGAAAGUUGCUCUCAAUGAAAUAGCUAAUUUAGCUGGGUGGGACUCUCGAAAUAGGACUGAAUCUGAACUCAUUAAGGACGUUGUUGGAGAUGUUUUCCGAAAACUGACACCUAAAUACCCAAACCAACUUAAAGGAGUAAUUGGAAUUGAGGAAAAUUACAAACAAAUUGAAUCAUUACUAAAAAUUGGGUCAAGUGAAGUUAUAACCCUUGGAAUAUGGGGUAUGGGUGGCAUAGGAAAGACUACUCUUGCUACUACCUUCUAUUCCAAACUAUCUCAUGAGUUUGAUUCCGGUUGUUUCCUCAUAAAUGUAAGGGAGAAUUCAAACAGGCAUGGAUUAGAAGCUUUACGUAAUAAACUUUUUUCUGAUUUAUUAGAGAAUGAAAAUCAUUGUUUUGAUGCACCCUUUUUAGUUCCCCAAUUUGUCAUGCGUAGGCUUGGAUGUAAAAAAGUUUUUAUUGUGUUAGAUGAUGUAGCAACCUCAGAGCAAUUAGAAUAUCUACUUAAAGAUUAUGAUGAUUUGUUGGGACAAGGAAGUAGAGUCAUUGUUACCACUAGAGAUAAGCAAAUAUUUAGACCACAUGAUGAAGUAUAUGAGGUCAAGAAAUUGAGUUUUAAUCACUCUCUUCAGCUUUUUUCUAUGUCUGUUUUUGAAGAAGAACAACCUAAACAUGGGUAUGAAGAUCUAUCUAGAUGUGCAAUUUCUUAUUGCAAAGGUAUUCCUUUGGCUUUAAAAGUUUUAGGUGCAAGUUUCCGUCGAAAAAGUAAAGAAGCAUGGGAAAGUGAAUUGAGAAAACUCCAAAAAAUUCCAAAUAUGCAAAUUUUUGACAUUUUAAAAUUAAGUUAUGAUGGGUUAGAUGAUUUUCAACAGGACAUAUUUUUAGACAUUGCAUGCUUCUUCAAUGGAGAAAGAAGGGAAUGGGUAACAAGUUUAUUGGAAGCUUGUGAAUUCUUUGCAAUAUCUGGGAUAGAAGUCCUUUUGAAUAAAGCUCUCAUAACAAUCUCAGAAUUCAAUCGGAUAGAAAUGCAUGACUUGAUACAAGAUAUGGGUCGAGAAAUUGUUCGUCAACAAUCCAUCAAAAACCCUGGAAAACGAAGUCGAAUAUGGAAACACGAGGAUGUGCACGAAGUAUUGAAAUAUAAAAAGGGAACUGAUGUUAUCGAAGGCAUAACUUUAGAUUUGAGUAAAUUAACUGGGGAUCUAAAUUUGAGCUCAAAUUCCUUCACAGAGAUGACUAACUUGAGACUUCUUAUAGUCCAUAGUUCACAUCGAGGAAACAAAUUUAAUGUGUACCUUACAAGCGAUUUGGAGCCAUUGUCUUAUAAAUUGAGGUACCUUCGUUGGGAUGGUUUCAAUCUUGAGUCUUUGCCAUCUAACUUUUGUGCUGAACAACUUAUGGAACUUAGCAUGCCAAAAAGCAAGCUUAAAAAGCUUUGGGACGGGGUUCAGAACCUAGUGAAUUUAAAGAAAAUUAACCUUUUUGGCUCUCGAGACCUGAUUGAGAUCCCAGACUUAUCUAUGGCAAAAAAUCUUGAAAGUGUUUCUCUUCGUAAUUGUGAAAGCUUGGAUCAACUCCACCCAUCAAUGUCAUCUCUCCCCAAGCUAACAUAUUUGGAUUUACAUGUUUGUAGAGAGAUUAAAAGCCUUAAUGUUCAUUCAAAAUCUCUCCGUGAACUUUACUUGGAUGGUUGUUCAUCUCUCAAGGAAUUCUCAGUGGCAUCAGAGGAAAUGACUCACUUGGGCUUAUCUCACACUGCUAUAUCUGCAUUGCCAUCAUCAAUUUGGUUCAACAAGAAACUUACUUAUCUUACUCUACGGGGUUGUAAUAAUCUUGACAAGGUACCACCAAACAAUUUUGGGUGCACACAACACAAUGCAUCGAAUCUUUCACACUUACAAGCACUCCUUUGCAACAUUGGUUACUUUUCCUCUUUAGAAGCGUUAUACCUAAAUGGAACUAAUGUUGAGAGAUUACCUGCUAACAUCAAAAGCCUUUCAUUAUUGACAAGGCUUUACUUAGAUAAUUGCAGGAAACUUGUGUCUCUUCGAGAGCUUCCACCGUCCCUAAGAGAGCUUGACAUAGAUGAUUGUAGGAAACUGGUUUCUCUACCAGAACUUCCACCAUUGGUGAGAGUGGUUAGGGGCUUCAACUGCACUUCUCUAGAGACAAACUUCACUCAAAGGCUAGUGUUACAACACAUGUUACAUAGACGCAUACCCUUUCUACACAAACAAUAUCUUAAUAAUCCUAACUUUUAUGAGUUUGGGUAUUUCAUCUUCCCAGGAGAACGUGUCAUGGAUGAGUGUGGGUUUCGUACAAUAGGAAGUUCAAUAAUUAUUCCUUGUCUCCCACUAUCUGACUUGUGUGGUUUCAUUUAUUGCAUCGUUUUUUCUAAGGGAUCAUAUGAAGGAGAAGUUUUAUGUUCUAUAUAUCAAGAUGGAAAAAAGGUUGGCCAAGAUAACAAUUUCAUAUUUUGGGAAGCUACAAUUUCAGAUCAUGUGUUAUUUUCAUAUGCUAAAAUAACAGAUUUUUUCUACAAUGUACCAUUUAAAAUUGAAUUUGGUUAUGAUGACGAAAACCAUCAAAAGAUCAUAAAAGAGUGUGGGGUAUUCCCAGUGUAUGCCUCUGAAUCAGGAUUGAAGGUGUUUGGUAGUAGUGGCAUGGAAAAUUUUGAAUCCAAAUCCAAUACUCAAAUCUCUUAUAAUGAGUUGCUGCCUAGAGCAAUUGGAAUUGGAGUUGAAGGCUCUAAUAAUGAAAAUGAACAAGAAGAGGAACAACUUCUUCAUGCAGAGAAGAGGAGGAGGUCUUCACCAUGAUGUUGUAUGUACCUCUUAUUAUAUACAUGAGAGUCCCAUAUGUUUCUUUGGCUGUGAAAACUAUGGAACUUGUGAACAAAUGUGGCUCCAAAUGUGGUCGCAAUACAGAGGUGGAGACCUUAAAAACAUGGAUGUGGCAGUCAAAUUUGUGGUCGAGGAUAUGGUUCUUCUCUGAUGCCAUGUAGUCAUGUAGAUUUUGAUAUUGUAUAUUUUGUUUUUAUUUUAAAUGGGUUGCUGAUUGAAGAUACUUUUGAGAGUUGAAAAUGUUGAAUAGUGUUUUUGAGUGAAUGAUAUUCACUGGUUUGUUUGAAGGUUUGAUAUGUCGGAGAUUAGAGGUUGAAUGUGAAGAUUGUGAUUGUUAAAUUGUGUGGUUUGGUUUGUUCUUGUGGGUGGAAAUUCAAGUGAGUAAUUUGUAUUGUAUCAGUAGGACUGUACCUACUCUGCCAAUUAAUCUUGAGGAAUUUUGUUGUAGUUA